AUGGGUUCGCUGCCGCGAGUUUCUGUUGUGACGGGCAAACGGGUUCCAUUGGCAGCGGCGCCGCUGACCAAGCACCUUGAGCACAUAGGCACCGCUGACAAAACUGCACUUAUAUACUUCGACGAGACAUGCAACGUACGCGUCAGCUAUGCGGAGCUGGAGGGACGUACGAACGCGAUGGCGCGAGCUAUCGCCGCGCACGCGCGUCCCACAGGACCAAACCGGGAUCAAGACUAUGUAAUCGCAGUAUGCAUGCAGCCUACACACAAUACCAUAAUAGCCCUUCUGGCAACAUGGAAAGCAGGCGCAUCCUACGUACCCAUGGAGCCGAGCUUCCCUCAAGGAAGGAUUACACACAUACUGAAGGACGCUCAACCCUCUCUUAUCAUUUAUGACGACACUGCAAACCCAGCCAUGUUCGCGGGCAGUGGAGUACCAGCUGUAUCUUUCGAGGAGUUGUCGCUAGAAGCCAGCGCGUUACCGGCUGACAGACCCAACGAAGAUGAAACACUGGUACAGACAGAUGCAGACACUAUUGCUAUAGUUCUGUACACUUCUGGAAGUACUGGAAUACCCAAAGGAGUGAGACUUCCCUACUCGGCGAUCUGCAAUCGACUCUGGUGGCAGUUCAGGAACUUUCCAUACACGGACACAGAGACAGUAUGCGUAUGGAAAACUGCUUUGACGUUUGUCGAUUCUGUAUGCGAGAUUUGGGGGCCACUGUUGCACGGGCGCUCUUUGUUGAUUCUGUCUCGAGAGACAACAAGAGAUCCCCAGAAAUUAGUGCGAGUUUUUGCAGACUACCAGGUUCAACGGUUAGUCCUUGUCCCGACCCUUCUCCGUUCUAUCCUAAUGUAUUUGUCCCUGACUCCAUCUGAGAGACCAUUACAGCACCUCAAAUUAUGGGUCUGUUCUGGAGAAACUCUGAGCAAAGAACUUGCUUUCGAAUUUUUCCGAUACUUUGGCGAUCACAGCGGCUACAAACUAGCUAACUUCUAUGGAAGUACUGAGGUUAUGGGAGAUGUAACGUAUUAUGUGUUGGAGAAGGCUGGACAGUUAGAUAUGUUUCAGACUAUACCAAUAGGUGCACCACUUGAUAAUUGCGCAGUGUACCUCCUGGAUGAGGAAAUGAAUCCAUCAAGAGAAUCAGAACCAGGAGAAGUUUGGGUAUCUGGUAGGAACCUUGCUAAAGGCUACGUGGGUGGACAGGGAGCUGACAAGUUCUGUGACAAUCCAUACGCUGCACAUCCUGACUUCGGCCGUCUGUACCGCACCGGAGACUUUGGAAUACUUCACAAAGGAGUAAUCCUGUACGCGGGUAGAACUGACUCACAAGUGAAAAUCAGAGGACACCGAGUGGACUUGCAAGAAGUAGAGCGUGCUGUUAGCGCCGUACAGGGUGUGGAUAAAGCUGUAGUACUCUGCUAUGGAUUGGCAUCUGGCAACCCUGAAAUUUUGGCGUUCGUGACUAUAAAAUCGGAUGCAAGACUUUCUGGACACCACAUCGAAGUAGCUUUGAAAAAUUCACUGACAAACUACAUGAUACCACAGGUCAUUGUAAUUGACAAGUUCCCCCUACUUGUUAACGGUAAAGUCGACCGACAGGGACUACUCAAGAUGUAUGAAAAUACAAAUAAUAACGACGAUGCCGAUAUUCCUCUAGAAAUAGACUAUACUGGAGUCAACCCUUGCGACUUAGAGGUAGCGAGGGUGCUGUUCGAAACCGUUGGCGAGGUCCUAGGCAGAGCCGCCAGAGGAGCCCUAUCUGUCAGAGCAGGGUUCUACGAAUUGGGAGGAAAUUCCCUUAACUCUAUUUACACAAUAACCAGACUGAGGGACAAGGGGUAUUAUAUCGAUAUAAGCGACUUCCUACAAUCGAGCAACCUGGGUGAGGUCCUCUCACACUUGACGACCAACCCGGACGAUUCGAGAGAAGGAGACGAGAACAAAUUCACGAUCCGGCCGAUGAGAAACGACCACAAGGAGCACGUUAUAGAAAUGAUAGUGUCAUCGUUCUACGAGAAGGCAGAGUUGGAACAGUUCGUGAAGCAUGAAAUCUCCCGCGACGACUAUGCACAAUGCAUCGACGCUUGCUGGGGACCGUUGCUGGCUGCUGGCCUUAGUAUUGUAUUGGAGGAUCCGUCGGGUGAACCGAAGGCGGUGGCGCUGAACUUCGACGCACGCGAUGAGCCCGACAUCGAGCUCGGCGGUGGCCUGGCGCGGAUUAUGGGAUUCCUCGAAUACGUUGAAGGUUCCGUACGGGACACCAUGCUGCCUCAGGGGAAGGGAACGAUCCUACACUCAUUCAUGAUGGCGACAGACUCUCAUCUGUCACCACAAGACAACGUAUCCGCUAUCCGUUUACUUGAGUUAGGAACAGAGAGAGUCGCGCGCGAGAGACGUUUUCGAGGAGUCUUCACCACUAACACCAGUCCUUUGACUCAGCAAUUGGGCACCGAUGUCCUCGGUUUCCAAACGCUUCUGGAUUAUCAAAUAAACGAGUACGUUGAGCCAAAUGGCGACCGGCCCUUCGGUAAAGCUCCCGACGACAUGCGUGCUAUUGUUUGCUGGAAACCAAUUAAUUAAAUAAUACGUAUUUAUUGUAAAAAUCCCAACGUGUUAAAUCUACAGACAUUGUUAUAACAUUCUAGGUUUUUUUUUAAAUAGUUGUUUUCUAAAUAUAACUUCAUUUUUUUGAUUAAAUAGAAGUUGUAUACACUAUAUAGUAGAAUAGUUAAACCUAUAAAGGUCAUAGGCCUUUAUAUUGUUAAACGAUUUUUUUCGGUUGUUGUACCUGUUAAUAGUAUUAGCUAGAGGAUUCGGUUACAAUGCAUAUUUUAUCGACAAAUUUUAAAUUUAUUAAAUUUUUAAAUGAUUGCCGCACCA